AUGCUCCCAGUCUCAAUGAGGUUUGAGGACCCGCGAGACGAAGACAAGUUUGCCGCAAACAUCCAGCACCAACUGCAAAGGAACAUCUGGUGGACGGUCAGCAUCCCUGUAUGCUCGCUGCUUUUCGAGUUUGCGAUGACCUGCGUCUCCACACCAGACUUUUCGCCUCGUUCACGCACGCCGCAACUGCUCUAUACUGUGGGCACGUUCACUCUGGUGACUGUUUUCGGCCUGCUCUUCGUGCUGUCCCACAUCUCCGCCUUCCUGCCGCUGCUCGAGAGCUGUCUGUGCAUCAGCGGUUGCCUAUACAGCUUCCUCCUGCCUCUGCUCUGCGACCACUAUCGCGUGGCAGCGCUCCUAGGUCUUUCGCCCCAAGAAACCUGGGGCAGAGAAAGCUUCUCCGACGGCCCGGUUCUCAUGGCAUUGACUGCCCUCCUUUUUUCCGUCGCAAUUUUCAUCCCAGUCCGAGAUAUAUGCCUGUGGCCGGUGUGCCUCGUGGCGGUCGCGUCCUUCCAGACUGCGACGCUGCUCACAGGCGGAGCGGAUGGGCUUCGUCCAAGCAUCAUAAACGGUCUUCUGUUGAUGCUUCUUGCAUACCUCGCCCUCGUCGGUCGCCGCGCCCUGGAGCUUCAGCUUCGCCUGCAGUGCGAAGGAAUGCUGAAGGCCCAGGCGUCUGUCGAGGCUCUCAGAACCCGUCUAGAGGUCGCCGCGUCCCUCCCGCCACCCCCCGCGCCUCCCACCGCCCUUGAGUCGGUCAUGAAUGCUCUCGACGCAUCUCUGGAGCGCAUGGGCAGCAUCAGGCUGGCUGUCUCUUCUAACCUGCACCACAUUGCGCCGGGCCUAGGGUCUCCGCCCGCGUUUCCGUCUUCACUUUCCGCUUUUGUUCGCGCGAGGACGAAACACACAGACGAGGCUUCCGGCCGCGGUCCUCCAGAAGAGUGUCUCUGCUGCCUUCUGCCCCCCUCCCCGGCCCCCGCCUGUGUAUGCGUGUUUCCUCAGUGCCUCACCCGCGCAGCGCUGCUCUGGCAAGCCGCUGGCAGUUCAUUCCUCGUCGCUCCGCCGAUCGCUUCCGCGAACCCGUUCUCUGCUCUGGCCUUCACUGCAGGCGACCUCGCAGCAGGCUCCCGAGAGAGGACUGCAAGCGACGAGACGCCUAGAAACGAAGACUGGAAGAGCGUGAAGGAGAGCCCAGCAGAUACUGAUUCCGCGCAAGGCUUCCACGGCGUUCUGCAUUUCUUGCUGUCUCCACGCAGAAGAUCGACACGAGAGGCGGCGAACGAGCAGGGAACCGAUAGAAGAAAAACGUUGAAGAGACGCAGCCUUGGACUCGGGGACGAGGAGGCCCGACACCGCGAGACCGACGAUGGCGGGGAGGAAGCCGAUGGUGCUCGCGAUGAAUACGGGGAUGCCCUUGCCAGUCUCUGGGGAACAUGGAUGUCCGCGGAGAUCGACCGCGUCAUGGCAGACGUGCAAGGGAUCAAGCGACAGCUGGGCAACCUUGGCGGGCUUCUCAAAGUCGACGUCAACGCGAUUUUACGGGCCUCUCUUCCCGAGGACUCUCCGUCGAUCUCGUACGCCUCUUCGCCCGCUCUGUCUCCUGCGAGCGCAAGCGCGAGCUCUGCUUCGCCAGAAGGCGCGCGCUCUAGCUCGCCUGAGAGGCCGCCGCUGGACGACCGGCAGCUCCCUGUCUCCGCCGCCGAAGCGCCUCAACGGCUCGGUCUGGGGCCCUUGGCUUCACCGCCUGCGUCCAUCGACGCCGCCUCCGCGCAGGCCCGCGCGCUCUUUUCUCUCGAGGCGGGGGGCACGUCGCGCUUCGCCACCGGGCAGCCGCUGCCUCCGCAGUCUGUCUCCGUGCCUGCGCACGUUUCCAGGAGCCGUGAGCGCGGCCGGAAAGCCUCUUCGGCGGCGUUUCGCCGCUUCGUGGGGUCGGAGAUGAUAGGGACUCAGGGGCCGUCGUUCCAGCCGUCCGCGUCUUCCUUCGUGUUGCCGUUCGAGGGCGCCGCCCGAUACAGAGCCACCCCACACAGCACCGAUGUGCAUCUGCUCGCUGACACUUACGCAGCGCUUCGCGCGAAAAAUAUGCACGAAGUCCACCGAACUGAGCGGGGACUGGGAGAAGCAAGUGCCCACUCGCAUCCGCCGCCUGGCGAAAACCCCGCCGCUGCGCGAGCUCUCGCUCUGCCGCGUGCGCAAAAAACCCGAGCGGAGAGGACAGCAAGCGAGGCCGGGCGCAAGCCUGAAGACAAGACACUCGGCGAAGCCAGUCCUUCAGAGAAGGGCAGCAGCUCAAGCGAUAAACCUGGAGGGGCCCGAAGGCCGGCGAGCCCGCAGGAGCGCAGGGAGAGAAACCGCCGCGACGGCAAACCAAGUUCAUCGCCAGAAAAGCUCAAGAGCGUCGGAAAAAGAGGGCGGAUGCACGAAGAAGGACUGCUGAAAAACAAAAACGACCAAGAGACUUUUGCCCUGCCUAGCCAACACAGCCGCACAGAGGACUCGCCGCGGACUCCUACUCUCCUCGGCCGCGGCGGCCCGUCCCCAGGGCCUCCGCCUGCAGCUUCCAUUCUCCACCGCGGGAGCUCCCUGCAUUUCCCUCCGUCUGCUUCGCCGUCUCUGGCGGAGACAGAGGGGUGGGGCUGGCACCGCCGCGGCAACUCGCUCGCCGAGGAGAAUGCAAACGAGGCGACGCAGCUGCGUGAGGCAAAUGCACCGGUUUACUUCUACAUCGGUGACGAGGACGAGGACGGGACUGGGUGCAGCACCCGGUCGUUGUCGUCGCUGGCGAGCUGGAAACCGCAGAGGCCGGCCUUCGUGUCGCUAGCCGACAGGCUGCCAGCAGAUUCUGGGGCCUGCCUCCCCUGCCCUCCCGCGUUCCUCGAAGAUGCCCCUGAGGCGAGUGAAGACGCGACGCGGCGGGCUCGCGAGGGAGCGCGGCACAGAAAAGCUUCGUUGCCCGCAGACGCUCCAUCGCCUUCGCGGGCACAUCAGGCCUCGUCCGCAUGGCCCGAAGAAGAGCCGGGGCGCGUGGAGGCGACACACGACGUCAGGCGAGUGCAGACGGGCAGGUGGGAGGUGGGAGAGCAACCCACGAUCGAGACACGGGACCACAAGGAGGGUCCGGAAUAUCCAGGCGGUAAUGGCCGCUUGCUCGAAAGGCAGAUCUCGACUGCUUGCGCCAGCUACCUGCCGCUCCACCAGCUCGCGGCCUUCUUCGGCGCCACGCGCUUCGCGGCGCUGCAGCACGCCAGCUACAUGAGCCUGCCGCUCUCUCCAUUUCAGCAGCGCGAGGGCAGCCUCACCCUCUCACUCGACCAGCCGGCGGGCUCCCCCGUCAACGGCGCGGCUGCAGAUUCAGCUUCGACCCCACGAGAGGCCGCUUGCGCGCGGACGGACACGAGCCGCCUCAGAGACGUAUCGGCGGGAGGCAGAGCGACAGAGUCGCCUCCGCGUGGUGGCGAGGGAGCAGCGGGAGAGAGCGACAGGGAGAGGCGAACGGGCACUGAGUGGCGGCGACCAGAGAGAAGGAGGGAGUGCCGAGGCGAAGAACACGCUUCAUCGUUGCACGAGCCCGCGUAUAACGAAGCAAGCGCAAGCGACUCCGCUGGUAGCCUUCGGUGGCCAGGAUAUCCAGCCACGCAGACAUGCGAACGGAGGUUGGAGAGACUUCGGCAAUGCAUUGGGGUCUGCUGGGCUCUCGACCCCGUACAGCUUCACGCGUGCUCAGGCGAGCGCGCCUUGCAGACGGUGGGCGCAGAGCUCCUCUGUCUCUCUCCGUCCAUAUGCGCCUUCUUUCGCCUCUCUUCACCCUUCGCACGCGAGCCGUCUCCGGCGCUGGGGUCGUCUGCCUUCCUGGACGGCACAUCUCGGCUCCUCCGCAGUUCCUUGCCGGCGCUGUCCUUCCUGGAGGCACUUGCGCGCGGGUAUCACGCCUCAGCUUCCUACCACAACUCCAUGCAUGCUGCGGACGUGGCGCACAUGCUGCGAUGUCUGCUGCGCAUGCCGGCGCCAAGCAAGCGGCUUCCUCAGACCGGUCCCCGUUGUCCGGCCCCGCCCUGCCCAGCAGCCGCCUCCUCCGCGGCUUCUGGCGCCUGCGGUGUAGCGAGGCGCGGCGACUCAGCAUUCGCGCGAAGAGGCAGAAACGGCGCCCGCGCCCGAGAGACCGGCGCAGGAGGCGACACGCGGCUGCCGGAGACGGCGCACCAGGAGGUCGCACCAAGUGCGGCUGCGAGUGAAGGCGACGGGACUCUCUGGGGGCUCCUGACACCCGCGCAGAAAGCUGCCUCCGUCGUCGCUGCUCUCGCGCACGACGUUGGUCACCCCGGCACGACGAACGCCUUCGAGAUGAACCGCCGAAGUCUCCUCGCGCUGACGUACAACGACAACUCCGUUCUGGAGCAGUUCCACUCGUCUGUCGCGUUUUUCCUCCUCCAUCAUCAUCAGUUGCUGCUUCCGGUUCUUCCUCAGCCGCCUCCCACGCUUCAGACGACGCCGACAUGCACGCCCGCGCCGCCGCGCCGAGGAGAUGCCCAGGGCGAGCCGCCCGCCGACGGGCCCCCGCCAGCCCCGCCUCGGGGCGAGGGCGCACCGGACAAAAGCGAAGCCGCCGGCGACGUGCUGGACGAAGACGUUCCACUCGCCGACCGCAUUCAGGAGGAGGAGGCGUACAGAGCCUUCCGCAGAGAAGUGAUUGAACUGAUCGUGCACACAGACAUGAGCAAGCACUUCUCGCUGCUCGCGCUCUUCAAGGUGAAGAGACAGUCUGGAAGCCUCGACGUCACCACCAGCGAAGAGGAUCGCUCGAUGCUGCUGAAGAUGCUCCUGAAGGCCGCUGACAUUGGCCAUGCAGCGAAAGCCUUCGACCUCCAUUUCUUCCUCUCCUGCUGCCUCAUCGAGGAAUUCCACAGGCAGGGAGACGAGGAGAGACGCCGAGGCAUGGCCAUAUCGCCGCUGUGUGAUCGGCGCCAGGCACGGAGGCAAAUCUUCUCUUCGCAGGCCGGCUUCCUCCAGGUCGUCUGCCUCGACUUCUUCGCAGAGCUCGCCCAGGCCGCUGCCGACCUUGCGCGCGACCGCGCCGCACAGCACGAGCAACAGAAGACGUAUCCAGUCUCGUCGCCGUUUCCCGCCUCCGCCUCGCCCCUUCGUGACGCGCCGCGGAGUGCGGACGACCCACCUCGCAGGCGGCGUUGCGGAGGCCCAGGCGGCGCCCCAGUCGACAGCGAGGAGGGCGGGAAGGUCCCCGAGGGGGGCCAAAUGCCCCGGCAGAGCCUGCCUUCCUCGUUUGCCGCGCUCGGGCUCGAGCCGCGGGUGCGUCGGCAGGCGCGAGGGGGGGACGCCUCGCAGUUAAGGCGCGCGGGGUUGCUGGGCCUCGCGGCUUCUGGUUCGCCUGGAUCUGUUGCGCCUCCUCCGUGUCCUGUUUUUGCAUCCGAAGAACUGCCUGACGAGAGACGCAAGCGCCGAGCCCCUGCGCGGUCCCACCCCACGUGUUUUCUCUCGGAAAAAGAGUCGACGAAGCUGCGAUUCCCGUCUGCCUCCGGGCCCGUCGCCCUUCCGCCGCAGUCCGCCUCUGCUGCAGCUGCGGUCGGCUUUUCCUCAGCGCCCCUCCGAGACGCAGGUGCCCCGCCCAGCGCCCCUACGACGGGCCUCUGCGGCAACGACCGCGUCGGGCGCCACCGACCCGAGCCCGCGGAGACGCCGGCGGCUGCGGCGGGCCGGGCGCGCGGGGGGGAUCCAGGCCUCGGCGAGGGCGUCUCCGCGGUCGGCGCGCGGCGCAGGGCCUUCUCGUUUGGGCUCCUGCAGCCUUCGGCCCUCCGCAGGAAAUCCGACUCGGGGGGCGGCGCGGAGAAGGGCGGACGAACGUACAUGCGGAGCCUGUCGUCUUUUUUUAGAAGCCCGAAGCCGAGGAAGGAAGGCGAGCUCGGCGAGGAAAGGGCGAGACAACGCCGCAGCCAGACUCUGCCUUCGUCUCUCCUCUCUACACCUGCAUCGAGGUUCGCGGAGCGCUGGGGAGAGGACGACCGCGGGUAUCGUGGAAGGCCUCGAGAAGACGAACCCGAGGCGCAGGAGGAGGAGGGUAACAAGGCCGAAAAUGGACAGAAGUCGAGGCAAAGAAGAGAACGCAGCUUGCCGUCUGGGUGUAGCCUCACCGGCGGCGUAGACCUUGACGAAGACGCAAGCGCCACUGAAGCGGAAGGCGGUGGAAGACGGGUUCAAGGUCAAACAUCCUGCGAGGCGGCAGCGGACCUCAGUGACUUGCGAGGCACCGCGUUCACGCAGGCCGAGACCCAUCCAAACAGUGUGAACGAAGCGAGAGCGACGCGGGACGGAAGACGCCGGGGCGAAGACGACGAAAAACAGGAAAUAUCACAAGGGGAAGGAGAGAAUGACGAUGAGGAAGACGAGGAGAGAACGUGUGACUGGGAUCUCUGUAACGUCUGCCAAAGGCUCAGUCGGAGGCGAGGAGACCCCGAAGCUCAGCCGUCGGUUUCGCCCCCGCCUUCCCUUCUGCAGAAUUGCGUAGAGCAGAUUCAACUAAAUAAGAGAACCUGGGAGGCCAUGGUGGAGGGACCCCGGGAGCCGCCGUGUCUCCUCCCCACACAGGCACUGUUCGGGCCCCAUCCCCUGGAGGGCGUCGGAGGCCUGGUGCGGAGACACCUGGGAGCUGCGUCUGUACCUGGGGAGCUGGAAAAACAGAAUCUGUCUCGCUGGAAAUCCUCAGGCAACCAGGCCUAG